GAUCGUCUCUUAUAUUUUAUUUGAAUCGAAAAACACAAAAAAUAUUAUGUAUAUUUUUUCUCCGGAAAAUAAAACACACUCCCACCCGAAACUGAUAUAGUUACCGCCAUUUUGAAAUUGUGAAAAAAAUGAAAAUGUUGCAAACAGUAGUUAUCGGAUUAUGUGUUAUUGUUGGAGUUUUAACCAAGGUUAUACCCAUCACAAAUAUUUGUGAGAGUCAGGAUGGUGUACUUAGGUGUUCGUACAGUGGUGAGGGGCAGUACAUCUCCCUGCAAGAUCUAAACAACAUUCGAGAGAUUCGGUUUGAAAGAUUUUUCCAACCAUCAACACUUUUCAUUGAGAAUGCCAAACAAUUACGUCAAAUUAUCAUACAAUCAGGAUCUACGCAGUGUGAGGAUAUUUCUUGCGACAACCCAAAAGUAUUGAUAUCAAUAGCAGGCAUCCCUUGUCAAUCAUCCAAAUUCACAACCUCCAGCAUCACUUAUACAACAUCAGAACCUGCUUCCUCCCAUCAGACAGAAAGACCAAUUACUUCCACUACCAGCACACCACCAUCAACUUUGUCUUUACAAAGUGUUCUCUUGGUUGUUUUUGCUUCCCUAGCUAUAUUCGUUGGAAUCCUUUUCACCAUACACUUUGUAAGGAAAUAUUUACAAAAAAAAUCAACUAGACCACAUUCUACACUAGACCAAGUUGUAAUAUCAAACUUUAUUAAUUCAUCAAAUUCCAGUAUAGAACUUUUUAAUUUAGAAAAGAUAGACAGUAUAAAAAAAAACGAAUAACUUUAUUUUGCAGAAAUUAUUCUCUGUGCUCUAUAUGCAUUCAGACCACAACUUG